GGUCAGCGGCGGCGGCGGCGGCGUCAGGCUCCCCGGUGGCGUCACGAUUGACGUCUCGCAUUCCAGGCGCCGCAUGAAGAGGCCGCGCGGGCUCCUCUCGCAUAAAUGACGUGCGGCCGCCGGCGAGCCGGAGAGGCAGCCCCGCGCGCUCCGCCCUCCGACUCCAGGCACGGGCGCAGGCACCGGCCGCAGACCCGCACCCCGGACCCCGAGCCGCGGAGGCCCCGCACCGGCUGCUGCUGCUGCUCCCGCUGCCGCCGCCGCCUGAGCCCCCCAUGCCUCGCGACGGCGCGCCUCCCAGCCGCCGCUGCACGCCGGAGCCGGCCGCUCUCUGCUGCUGCUGGGCUGCUGCGCCUCCCGGGGACCGCGCCCGCCGGCCGCCCUCGGGCGGGGAAUGAAGCGCGGCAGCCGCGGUGCCUCAAGACGGAACCGACACCGCAGCCCGGACCCAGGUCGGAAGAGCCCUUGCUGGUGGUGAGCCCCGGCGCCCCGCCCGACCCCGCCGAGGACCCCUCGCCGCCGCUCGCCCCGCCGCCCCCGGCCGCCGCCCCCACCAUUCAGCGAGCAAGCCACCCUCCAGAUAUGCCCUGUGUGCAAGCCCAGUACAGCCCUCCGCCCCCUGGCACCAGUUAUGCGGCUCAGACCUUUGCCUAUGGCUCCGAGUAUGGCCCCGAGAUCAUGAACCCUGACUACGCCAAGCUGACCAUGGAGCUGAGCGGCGGGGAGAUCAGCGCCACGGCUACCACCUCCCUGCCCAGCUUCAGCACUUUCAUGGAGGGCUACUCCGGGAGCUACGAGCUCAAACCCUCCUGCCUAUACCAAAUGCCCUCGGCCUCCUCCUCGCCGUCGUCUUCAGCCACCCAGCGGCCCCUUGUCAAGAUGGAAGACAGCCGGCUGCAUGGCUACCACCCGUCUCUGCCUCCCCCUGCGGACGAAGGCCUGCCCAACCCGUCCAUGUACUUCAAGCAGUCUCCGCCCUCCACUCCCACCACCCCGGGGUUCCCCCCACACCAGGCUCCCUGGGACGAGCCGCCACACCCGCUGCCGCCGCCGCAGACCUGCAUGGCCCCCAGCCACCUGAUGGACGCCGCCCCCAUGAAAACUGCCCCCGGCCGCUUCCCCCUCUUCCAUUUCAAGCACUCGCCCCCCCACACGCCCACAACCGGCGCCCACUUGUGCUACGACACCACUGCCUUGAACUUGCCGAUGGCUCCAGAAAGGUCCGCCGCCAGCCAGGCUGCCAUGGAGAGCCACCCCUACGGGCUGCCCUUGGUCAAGAGGGCGGCCGCUUUGGCCUUCUCGCCGCUGGGCCUCAGCGCGCCCCCCUCCAGCCUUCUGGGCGAGAGCAGCGGUGGGAGCAGCGGCCUUCCCUCUCCCCCCAGCCGGAGCUCCUCCUCGGGAGAGGGCACCUGUGCCGUGUGCGGAGACAACGCGGCCUGCCAGCACUACGGGGUGCGCACCUGCGAGGGCUGCAAGGGAUUCUUCAAGUCGCUGGGAGGAGACUCCUUAAAGGGCAUCGGCCUAAUUUGGGUCUCCCACCUGUUUUUUGUGGUGGUGCUGCAGUUCCUCUCCAGACGCAGGCCACGCGAGGGACAUUACUGUUCUACCGAGCAGGCUGCUGCAGGUACCGAUGCCGAACACGUCCAACAGUUCUACAACCUUCUCACCGCCUCCCUCGACAUAUCCAGGAGCUGGGCGGAGAAAAUCCCAGGAUUUACAGACCUCCCAAAGGAAGAUCAAACAUUACUCAUCGAAUCAGCUUUUUUAGAGCUUUUUGUACUGAGACUGUCUGUCAGAUCUGACAUCGCUGAAGAUAAGUUUGUUUUCUGCAAUGGACUCGUGCUUCAUAGACUUCAGUGCCUUCGUGGAUUUGGGGAGUGGCUCGACUCCAUUAAAGACUUUUCCUUAAAUUUACAGAGCCUCAACCUUGAUAUCCCAGCCUUAGCAUGCUUAUCAGCUCUAAGUAUGAUCACAGAACGACACGGAUUAAAAGAACCAAAGAAAGUGCAUGAGCUAUGCAACAAGAUCAUGAGUGGCUUGAAAGAUCACUUAGCCUUCAGUUGCCAGAGCAAAGGGCCACCGUUCGAGUCCGCAGAUGAGUCGACAGUUCUUGGGGUGCUCACUGACCUGCACUCACUCUGCACCAUAGGACUACAGCGGAUCUUUUACCUGAAGCUGGAGGAUCUGGUGCCGCCCCCUUCAGUCAUCGACAAGUUGUUCCUGGACACUUUGCCGUUCUGAAGUUUCCAGGGCUGUACAGGAAGGGACUGUCUCCCAGGGAAGGCAAAAAGAUUAGGACUGAUUGCUGAAAGUGCUGCUCCCAUUGAACAAGGGGGGAAAUGCCCCGAGGAUUUCCUGCCCUAAAUGGUGGACUUUUUUCUAAUGCAUUUCCUUGCAAACUGAGGCCUGAAAUAUGACAUACAGUUCUGGAAAUAGGGGAUUUGGGGGAGGGGGGGGAGCCGAGUGCUGUUUUGGGUCUGGUUUUUUAAAAAAAUGGGUAAUAUGGCACUUUUGAACGAUGCUACCCCAGCAGGGAAAAAAUAAAAAUAAAAUAAAGAUGUUAAUAGGACUGUUUAAAAUCUAUUGCAUCCUCUGUGGUGAAUAGAGACUUGUAGAUGCUUUGUGUUUCGAAACCAGGAACGAUGACAAAUUGUUCAUCAGGGUAGUCUGUGUUCUGCAGUUUAUACCUUUUAGAGUACUUCCUGGACAAAGGGCCCAUUUAUGCUGGCACAAAUUAAAAUGGCCUCUCGCUCUCUUUUUUCCUCUUUUUUUUAAAAAAAGUAAAUAAUUCUAACAACGUUCGCUCACUGUUUUCGUACAAAAGCAAAUUAUAGCAAAACGACAAUGGCUGUUAGCGCCCCCCGUGGUCAAGUGCAAUUUUUUUAAAGUGCUGUCUUACUAAGUCUUGUUUAUUAACUAUAAUUUAUUUUAAUAUGAAAAUGAAAACAAAAAAGAAAUAAAAGUGAGGAGUGGGGGGAAAAUAAAGUUUUUUUUACAUGCACUAACUUCCAGGACAAAGUUUUCCCAAACUUUGGAUCAAUGUAGCAUGACUUACUGACAGGCAUCUGUGGAAAGCAAGGGGCAGGAACCAUUUGCAACUUGGAGGGGUCACCACUGACCCUUCUUGGGCCGCUUAAGGAAAGAGCAGUGCAUCCGUGACUGGAGUGGACAGGGUAAGCGUCAGGUUUUAGAAUCUAGCAAGUCGGUUAGUAAACUGAUACAAGACCCUGUGGAAAGGAACAGUCUUGUAAGAAAAUAGUCUGAAUGUAAAUGUUAGGAAGGGGGUUUGUGGGCUGCAUUUUAAACAUUCCGUGUACGUUACACCCCUUUUUGUAUGUUUAUACUGUCGAUGCCAUAUUAAUAUGAAACAAUUUGUUGCAUAGUGUCCUUAUUUGUAUAAAUAUUUGUAUGCAUGAUAUAUUGUAAAGCUUUGCUUGUAUUUAUUGCAAACGACUGCCAGCUCCCGGGAGCCCCGUUACACCAAGCGACGAAAUAGUGUGUUCACACUGACUCAGUUAUAUAAUGGGCGUGUGGGUGUGGAUCGUCUCUCUCUCUCACACGCACACAUACGUGUGUGUUUUUAUUAACCAGUUGUACAUAAAAACCUGUCUUUUCACAAGCAAACUUUAUCUUUAUUGUUUCUUUGCAGUGACUUUUAAGGCAGUACAAUCUAGCACUUUGAUAUUAAAGAAAAAAUUUGCUCAUGUUUUGCUAACUUAAGUAAUAUUUAAAUAUUUUCGUUCUUUACAAAAAAAAAUUAUAUGCACUGUAUUAAGUCAAAAUUUCAUUGGUCAUUUUGCUAAGAAAAAAAAAGAACUUUUUGAAUGUCAACCUGAAGUCCCUGUAUCUUUUGUUAGCUUUAAACAAUCUAAGGAGUUCUGUCUUUCCUUUAAAAAAAACUGUGCUGGUUAUAUGGAUAUUAAGUUAUACAAUCAAACAGAUGCCAAAUGAACUCCCUGAUAAGCCAGAUCUCAAGCUAAUAUCUGGUACUCAAACAGCUGUCUGGUAUUUUAUCGUUUGCUGUGUUAAGAUGUGUGCUUUUUUAAAGAAAGGAAAUCUUCUAUCAAGAUUGCUAAUAGUGUCAAUAGGGAAAGAGGCUUCUAAUCAUUAUAGUUAAUAUUUUCAGUUUACUCGCAGAUAAUAUUUGAGGAAAAAAGUAUUGCUCUCUUUUGGAGUAUUGACUUCAUGUGCAAACAUAAUACCAUAAUUAAAUAUCAGAAGGAAGUGAUAUUUUUUUCCAUCAUGUUGCUCUCGUUGUGCCUGACCUGCUAGGCGAAAAUAUUUUGAUUUUUUUUUUUAAAUUCGAAGUUUCCUACUUAGGAUUUACGCAAACUGAAUAGGAUUUAAAGAGGUAUGCUACCCUGUUUCCCCGAAUAUAAGACACCCCCAAAAAAUAAGACGUAGCAGAGGUUUUGCUGAAGUGCAAAAUAUAAGGCAUCCCCC